CGCAGGGCCGGCCCGCAUCAUGGGCAGCCUCUACGGGCGUGCAGCGCUUCGGGCGCUGCUGUGCGGGCCGCGCCCCCCGGGCCCGCGCCAGCUGGUGCGCCCCAGCUCGGGAGGGCCCUCCUGGACCCAGGAGCGCACCCUGGUUGCAGUGAAGCCAGAUGGGGUACAGCGGCGGCUCAUCGGAGCUGUGAUCCAGCGCUUUGAGAGGCGGGGCUUCAAGUUGGUUGGCAUGAAGAUGCUGCAGGCACCUGAGAGCAUCCUUGCUGAGCACUACCAGGACCUACAGAGGAAGCCCUUUUACCCAGCCCUCAUCAGCUACAUGAGCUCUGGGCCCGUGGUGGCAAUGGUCUGGGAAGGGUACAAUGUGGUCCGCACCUCAAGGGCCAUGAUAGGACACAGUGACUCCACUGAGGCUGCCCCUGGGACCAUCCGGGGGGACUUCAGCAUCCACAUCAGCAGGAACAUCAUCCAUGCCAGUGACUCAGUGGAAGGCGCCCAGAGAGAGAUCCAGCUGUGGUUCCAGAGCAGCGAGCUGGUGAACUGGGCAGAUGGGGGCCACUACAGCAGCAGCUACCCAGCUUGAGGGCUUGUGCUGCCCUCAGUGCCCCAGCAACCACCCAGAACCUACUGCUUUGGUCAACAACUCAAGCCACACCCAUCCUGUCUCCCCCAAACCACUUUCUUGCUCACUUUCUGCCCCACCCCAGCCCAAGGGAGUUUGAGGCCCAACUCUAUGUGCCUUUCUGUAUCCUAAAUCAGCACAAGAUUGGACCAAAUCCUUCUGUACCAAAGUGCCAGACAACCUUUGGGCAUCCUCAGAGGUCACCUUAACUGCUCCAAAGGAGACACAUUAAAAUCCACUGAUUAUAA